AUGUUCGCUAAAAUUUUAGCAGUCAGCGCCUUGGUAGCUGUGGCCCGCGCUGGUCACCUAGGGCACGGUGGUUACACUGUGUCGUCCCAGCACAAUUUGGUGCACCAUGACACGCACUAUGCCGCGGCUCCCAUUGCCUAUGCUCACGCCCCAAUUGUCCACGCAGCGCCCAUCGUACACUCAGCUCCCGUCGUCCACGCCGCCCCUGUUGUUCACGCCAUCGCUGCUCCCGUUGAAGUACAUGGUGGCCACUAUAGCCAUGGACACGAGGACUACUACUCUCACCCCAAAUACAAGUACUCGUACUCCGUGGAAGACCCUCACACUGGCGACCACAAGUCCCAGCACGAGGUCCGUGAUGGUGAUGUCGUGAAGGGAGAAUACUCUCUGCUGCAGCCUGAUGGCUCCUUCCGCAAGGUCUCCUACACCGCCGACGACCACAAUGGUUUUAACGCGGUCGUGCACAACUCCGGUCCCAGUCAUCACAUCUACUCGUCCCAGUACCACCAUUACUAGAUCUCCAACUUUAAGCUUUAAGAGCCACAAUGUACCUUAUUUAUACCCGCUGUGAUCUUCGUGUAUGUUCUUAUGUUU